UCGAAAACAGCUGACGGCUUGGAUUUGUUUGUGUUUUGGAGUGAGUCUCGAUUUUUCUGUAAUUUUUUCCUCCUUAAAUUGCAUUUUAAAGGCUGAAAAUAGUCUAAUUUUGUGGUAAAACAAUGCACGAAGCCUAUGCUGUGUCGCAACCCGCAAAGAUAGGCGUACAAAUUGAAUGCAUUGCCGGCUAUGAUAAUCACGUAAUUUUGGGCACAAAACUUGGUCAUUUGCUCCAGUACUUGAUCCAGCAGAAUGAGAGUGAGACGGACAAUAAGAUGGAUCUGCAAUUGCUGCAGUAUGACAAGAAUUUCAGUAAGAAACCCAUAACACAAAUUGAGGUGAUCCCUGAGUAUCAGUUGCUUGUUAGCCUGACGGACAAUCAGAUUAAUGUAAAUGAUAUCAGCCGGACAAAUUUUCCGCUGGUAUUUAGUGUGGUUAAGAGCAAAGGGGCAUCAGUGUUUUGCCUGAAUAUCAAGAGGGUGAAAUGUUUGACGGGCGAGACAACAUUGAUUGUCCGGAUGUGCGUAGCAGUUAAGAGGAAGCUGAAAUUCUGGUGCUGGAGGCACAAUGCGAAUCAGUUCAUUGAGUAUGCUCGGGAUAUUGAAUUAAAUGACAUCCCAAAGUCUCUUUGCUGGUCACUGGAAACCAUCUGUGUGGGCUUCAAGACGGAGUACGUUCUGUACACACUGACAGACGAGCCAGACAAGGAUCCCGAGAAGAGAGAUCUCUUUCCCACCAGCUCAUCUCGCACAGUGGAUCCAUGCAUUACGAUUAUAGACAAUGAUCGUUUUGCUCUGGCCAAAGAUGAAUUCAUCAUUCCCGUGGACACACAGAAUUUGACCCUCCAGGAGACGAGCAAGACUAAGGGAUCUGUCAGACCAGAAGAUUUCACUGGGAGCCAGGAUGGGUCCAAGGUUAUAAAGUCCAUUGCUUGGACGAGUCCAGUGCAGGCACUCGUCUGGGAUGAACCUUUCGCCGUGGCUCUUCUCAAUGACACCAUUGAGAUACGCACCCUGGACUCGGGAUCCACCAAGGAGACCCUCGUACAAUCUAUUCCGGACUUGCUCAGGGCACGAUUGCUCAUUCGCACCCAGCGCGGAGUUAUUUUUGUGGCUUCUCUGAGUCAACUGUGGCGCAUUCAGAUUACUGACAUCCCCAAACAGAGGCAUAAUCUUCUGCAACAGAAAAAUUUCCAGUUGGCCCUACAACUCACGAAUAUUUCUCAAGAGAGCGAGGAGGACAAGAAGGAGAAGAUUCAUCAAAUACAGACUCUAUACGCUUUUGAUUUGUUUGCCAACAAACGCUUCCGCGAGUCAAUGAAAGAGUUCGCUAAACUUGAAACAGAUCCAUGCGAUGUGAUUCGCCUGUUUCCAGAUUUGCUGCCACAGGAGAAAGAUAAAUCACCAUCGGUGGCUGUGGGUGGUGCUGUGUUGCCCAAAUUAGAGGAUCGUGACUUGGAGAAUGGUUUGCUGGCGUUAAUUGAUUACCUCACAGAGGUGCGGUUCAAGAUUAAGAAGGAAUUGCAGACGGUGUCAGCUGAUACAGCAAAGCCUUUUGGGAAGAUGUCUACACCUCUGCUGUCCAUCAUUGACACCACUAUGCUCAAGUGCUACCUUCAGACAAAUGAUUCAUUUGUGGCUCCACUUCUCAGGCUCAAUUACUGCCAUUUGGAGGAAUCAGAGCGCACUUUGAAGAAAUAUCAGAAGUAUGGGGAAUUAAUUAUAUUGUAUCAGACAAAGGGACAGCACAAGAGAGCUCUUCAAUUGCUCCAAUCACAGGCUGAGGAGCCUGGAUCCAAUCUCUAUGGGCAUGAUCGUACUAUUCAGUAUCUUCAGCAUUUGGGUAGUGAGCAUAAAGGAUUGAUAUUUGAAUUUUCCGGAUGGGUUCUGGAGAAAUAUCCCGAAGAUGGAUUGAAGAUUUUCACUGAAGACAUUCAAGAAGUGGAAAAUUUGCCAAGAGCUGAAGUUCUUGACUAUCUCCUGAAGAAUCAUAAGCAACUUGUUGUACCCUAUCUUGAGCAUGUGAUUCAUGUUUGGAAUGAAUCCAAGCCAAUUUUUCACAAUAUUCUGAUCCAGCAAUAUCGGGAUGCUGUGAAGGAAUUGAAGCAAGAUAUGGAGAUUGGGGAUUCGUCCAAAGAGAAGGAGGCUCUAUUGGGGAAUGUUAGAGGAAAAUUGUUGGAUUUCCUCAAAAAAUCUACCAAAUACAAUCCAGAAACUGUUCUGGGAGAUUUUCCGUAUCAGGAUCUCUUUGAGGAGCGUGCAAUAAUUCUGGGAAAAUUGGAGAAACAUGAGAAAGUUCUGGCAAUCUAUAUUCAAAUUCUGGGCGAUGUUAACAAAGCUAUUCAGUAUUGCAAUGAAGUUUACUCAAGUGAAGAUUCCCGGAAAGAGGAAAUCUUUGUGCUGCUUGUAAAAACUCUUCUUACGCCCCCAACUUCUCCGCCAUACAGUGGAGUUCCUCUUCAUCCAAAAUGCCUUGAGCCAGAUAUUGAGACGGUACUGGAGAUUCUCGAGAGGGAUGCUAAGAAGGUGCAACCUCUUGCAGUUCUUCAGAUACUUCCUGACAAUAUAUCCCUGCUUCGUCUGAGAACAUUCCUGGAGACAGCAUUGCAGCAUCAAUUGGAGCAGAAGAGAAAGACUCAAGUAUUACGUGGUCUUCUCUAUGCUGAACAUUUGCAAAUCCAUGAAGAUCGCAUUCAAAAUGAAUCCAAUACAGUUGUCAUCAAUGACUACAGCGUUUGUCCGAGUUGCAAGAAGAAAUUUGGCAAUCAGAGUGCAUUUAUUCGCUACCCAAAUGGAGACAUUGUGCACUAUUCGUGUCAACAGAAAUAAAAUCAUCAAGCUUUGCUGUUCAAAUUGUAAAAGCUAAAAGGUAAAUAUAAUAUUUUACAUUCAUCAGA